AUGGCUCUCCAAAAUAUCUUCGAGCUGCUAUCAUUUGCGACUACCAUCGCCUUCCCCUCACCGGAACAGUUCAAGUACCCAGUUUAUAUCAGCUACGGUGCCAUCGCGAUGGCUGCAGCCUGUUUUGCGGCGUAUGUGCGCAAGGAACGGGGACAUUUGCUCCAUACGUCGAAAUGCCUCGGUGGGGACAAGAAGCGGCUUGUACCUGGGGAGGUGCUCUACCACAGGACUCCUCGAGCACGUGGCAUGGGCCGAUCAGGUCCCCGCCGCCGCACGGGGUGUCUGACGUGCCGGUCGCGCAAGGUGCGGUGCGACGAGGUCAAACCGACAUGUGCGAACUGCACUCGUCUGCGUCUCCCAUGUACCUACAAGACCAUUAUCGCGGACCGCAUCUCCUCACGAAGAAUCAACUGCCAGAAUGGUCCUGCAGCCUCCGCAAGCGUGGCUGCUGGGACACCCUCUGACCGUCCCGACGUGAACUUCUUCCACACUGUCCUAUGUGAAGACGGAGUUCCAGCCUCGUCACCACUACGACAGCCAGCCUCUGCCCAUCCGCCUACCGGAUCAGCUGUCGACUUAGUCUCCUCGUUCGAUAUCCUCGGUUUCAUUGGGGAGUUUACCUCUGACUUUCAGCAGAAGCACCUCGACCUAACCACGAAUGGGCUCUCCGGCUUGUCGGCGGGACCUGAGCUUGCCAGUGUCGCUACCACUACAGAAUCCACCAGGAACCCUGCACAAACGAUGAACUGGGCUUCUAGCGCGGACAUGAGCUCGAUUUCUGGCAGUUUAGGCGAUUGUCCUUCUGCUGGAGAGACGGAUGCCCCCCACCACGAACAGACGCCGUACGAAGCAGGACUAUUCGCGCAUUUCGAGACAAGCGAUCCGCCGCCUACAAUUUUUGGCCCCGUCGACCUGAAUUGGAAGUAUGUGCGAGCACGGAUCGUGCGUCAGUCGCGAGACUGUCGAGCUGUCUUACUUGGUAUCUACUGUUAUUCGGAGGUGCAUCAGACGUGGGUCGAGGGGACGGCGUGGGACCGCAACCGCAAGUCCAGGUACCAUCAGCUGGCGUGGUCGGAAGUGCAGUCAGGUCUGGUCAUGAAGGUAUCAGAGCCCGUGCUCAGGCACGUUUUCACAACGGUGCUGAUGUUGAUGUUGGCGGAGCAUCUGUCGAGUCCAGAUCUGGGGGAAGCGGGUACGUCCUUCCUCCACUCAGCCUAUCUACUCCUACAACGCUUCCAUGGCCGGACCAGGCCCUGGACGGGCGUGAGCCGCCUGAUCAGUUCCUGGGUCUCGCUGUUAGACGUCAAGGCAUUAAUUGCCGGGCGUGAGGGCGAUCCGCUCGUUGGCCUGGGUAGCCUUGCGCCAGAAAGCCAUGGUGCGGAUGAGGACAGCCCCGAGCCUGCGUUCCUCAUCCGUGAAGCAGUCACCGGUCCGGCCUUUCAGUUUCUUCUACAGACGCAACAGAUUCUCCGGCGGAUUGUGUGCAUAGACCUACACCACCGAAAUCGCGGCACUGUUAGUGACGAGUUCGAGGUUCUCCAGCUCGCGCAUCAGAUAAGCGCCGACCUGGAAACGCUCUGGAACGGACGUCCACGCGUGCUCGACAUCCACAGCAGCCCCGAGCUGCUCCACGACACUCUACAGCCUGCGGUUGCGCGGGAAGCAUGUCGGACUUUCAGACAGUACAUUGCCAACUUCCUGGCAAUCUUCAUCUACUUGCACCGCGUCGCAUUUGCCAUCUAUCCGCGGACGGAUCGGGUGCAUCGAGCCGUGGAAGGCAUUCUUCAUCUGGCAACAAUCGACACACAGUCCUCUGCAGGAGAGGAGCGACAUCUGCCUGCGAGUUUCGUGUGGCCGUUGUUUGUGGCUGGCCUGGAGGCAUCCUUGGAGCAGCGGCAAUGGAUUUUGUCGCAGAUGAAGCAGAUGAGCCAGCGAGGUGAGAACGGUGAGGACCAAUCUCAGCCCGCGCGACACCCGCAUGCCGGAAAUGUUUAUCUCCUGCUGCAGGAGAUGACCAGGCGGCAGGAUGCGUCACGAACGUGGGCGGAUUCGCGCUGUGUGCGCCGGGAAUUGUUUACUGAUUCCUUCGUGAUGAUCUGAUUGAUAGCCGAUCAUGAUCGGCGCCCCCGACCGCUGCAUGCAACACGUAAGCGCCGGCACGUCAUCUGACUCACAAUUUCCGCGCAAGGACUCCUUACUUCUUGUCAUAAUCCCAUACAUAUAUAUCUCUCAGUCGCGCCGGAUGUCUGGUUUGCUGGGUAUGGCCCAUGAUGAGGUCCUUUUUCUUGGUGACUGAGGAUGAUAUCCGUCCUGAGGAUCCUCUCAUACAGCAUGCAGAGGAGGAAUCCUCUGCUCCGCUGCCGUCCCGCCAUGCCCUAUUCCGUCUGUAUUGGCUGACGGCCAUAGUCUGCUGCGGGGGCCUGCUCUUCGGGUACGACUCUGGCGUGAUCGGUAUUUGAUCUCUAUCCCACGGGGCAAGGCCACAAGAAUGACACAUACAUGCAGGAGGGGUUUUGACC